CGUCUUUUCUUAUCUUCUCAAAGUGUUUUAAAUUAAAAUGGCUGGUUCGAUCGUAAACAACAUUGCUGCUAGAAGUUAUAAGUAUAUCGCACCAACACCACCAAGCAACCUGAUCGAUUCAACUACAUUCACCAUCGACUUUGCUGCUCGUAAAUUCAUAAGUGUUGGAUUGGACCCCGCAGAUCAGUUCAACGUAGUCGCUCACAUUAUAACGCCAUCACGAUACGUAUCUCUCCCAGUGGACUUCAUGCGUAGAAUAUUCUCACUUAUGGGUAAUAUUUUAUCAUUUAUACUUGAAAAACCCGCAAAAUAUAAACGAAAUAUAUAUUUGGAGACCGAUUGUACACGAGUAUCCAGUAUGGUAUAUAGAGGUGAGAACGUGUUGGUGAUAGAAGAAACAAACCAAGACGGAUGCCGUGUAUUGCUUAACCGUGCGGAUUUAAUUACUUUACAAUAUUUGGAAUGGGCUAUAUUUGAGCUAAUGGUCCGCAAAUCAUCGUUCGUACGGCCUACGGUAAUGCAACAGUUUAAUGAGAUGUGUGAUUAUUUCAAAAACAAUUUCAAAAGAGUUGAAAACGUUGAAGAAAUGGCUAUAACAAUCAAAAACAUACAUGAUGAUUUGAUUUCCUCGCAUAUCUCGAAAAAUAGUUGGAAUUUUGUGAGUCAGUUAAAACUCUUCGCCACUACUCAGUUAGCUGAACAGUGUAUUAUGAAAAUCGAACCCGAGGUUUACAACGAGAAUCUUUUAAUAUUAACUCAGUCUUUGACACUGAGCUUCGCAGCGAUAGACGGUAGAGCCGUUGAACAAAACGAUGGACCUACAUUUUUCGAUCACCAGUCACCUCAGACAGCUUUACCGAUUCCGAGCUAUUCACCGAUGUCUCCACCGAACUACUUAUCAAUAUCGCCACCGAUGUCUCAACGUAAAAGGAACGCAGGGUCUAAUCCGUAUGUUGCAAUGCAUAUGUCCCUGAAGUUUUCAAAUACAUCGGCCAAUAGCAACACGUCGCUUUUGAGCGCCUUCCAUCGCCAGCACACACAAUUUGUCAUCGGAAUCAACAAUUUCAUCUGAUGGACCGGCAGGUGUGUCGGGAACAAAAAUCUCCGGAGCGAUUUCAUGUUCAUUACGUCGAACAAUAUUA